AUGCGCAGCCGAACUGUCACUUUGCCUUUAUUUUUUAAAGUUUAUAGAGAAAAGGGCUCUUCUCUUAGCUUUUCUAUAAUUCUAUUUUAAUCACAAUCUCUUUAAGCUGCUCAUAAAAAUCAUGAUAUGCGCGUAUUAUCCGCAUUAGUCCUUACACAUUGUUUCGGCUGCGUCAUACCAGAGGAUUCGGAUGAGGAAUUUAGCAUGAAGAAAUCUAACCUUUCCAUAAUGAAGGAUAAAGUAAAUCCGAUGAGUCUCAGGGAUGCAAAUUACAGAGAAAAUAUAAGCUCGAAAGCUGAAUAUCCUCAAGACACUUGUAACGCCAUGAGAAUACAACAUUUUUUGAGUGAACCAAGAAAGAGUGCUAAAAGAUACGACAAGGAUCCAAAAAGUAAUUCCAGCUACGCCGAUCAAUCUUCACCGGGAAACAUUGAUUGGUUAUCGGAACGUCGACAGAUUGCAGAUACCCAGAAUACACAGUUAAUUCGUCAUCGUCGAAGAAUUCCUCGCUCCCGUCGUCAUUGGAAAGAAUUUCAUAGAGGAUUUCGAAAGCCCAAAAAGGACACCGCGAACUAUUACGAAAACGAUUCUUACGACGAGGCUCGAAAAAGUAAAAACGUAAAAAAUGAGGAUCCAAAACAGCAGCAUUUCAUAACCCGAUACCCUCAUAGAGUAAAAGAAAUGGAAUGGAGGCAGGAGGACGAAGGAUUUCAGGAGGAUCCUGAGGGCUGGGACGAUUGGAGCAACUGGAGCGACUGCAGCGCCACGUGCGGCAUAGGUCGUCGAGUUCGCUGGCGUCAUUGCACAACUGAAAAUUGUGCACCCGGAUUAAAAACAGCGCAGAUGAAGACUUGUAUUUUGCAACAAUGUAGGAAAAAGAAUUUCCUCAAAUGGCUAGGAAUGUAGCUGUAAAUGAAACACAGAUUAUA